CGCGAAACGAGGCAACACCGAAACGCCCGCAGUGCGUACACUGCCACCACCUACCGCAUCUCGAGUGCGCCCGCCAUGUCGUCCCUAUACAACCUCGAGCCGCAGCCUACGGCCUCGGCCAUCAUCCACACGACUCUCGGCGAGAUCCAGGUCGAACUCUUCGCGAAGCAGACGCCUCUGACUUGUCGCAACUUCUUACAACUGAGCUUGGACGGCUACUACGAUGGGACGAUAUUCCACCGCCUCGUUCCUAAUUUUAUCCUCCAGGGCGGCGACCCGACGGGCACGGGCAACGGCGGCGAGUCCAUAUACGAUGGCGGCGCCUUCAGCGGCGACCUGGACCCGUGGCCGAUGGAUCAGCGGCACGGCAAGAACGCGGGUCUGACGGGAAUCAAUUUCAAAGACGAAUUCCACUCGAGGUUGAAGUUCAACAGGCGCGGCCUCCUGGGUAUGGCCAACGAGGGCCGCCAGGACACCAACGGCAGCCAGUUCUUCUUCACGCUGGACAAGACGGAGGAGCUGACGGGCAAGAACACGCUGUUUGGGCGCGUGGCCGGCGACACGAUCUACAACCUCGCCAAGAUAGGUGAGUCCGAGGUGGAGCCGGGCUCGGAGCGUCCGCUGUACGCCGUCAAGGUCGAGCGAAUCGAGAUCUUGGUGAACCCAUUCGAGGAUAUGCAGAAGCGGACAAGAGUAGCGACACGAGCCCCGACAAAGCCGCCCGCCGCAAAAGACAAGAAGAAGAAGAAGCGAAGGGGUGGCAAGCAGCUGCUGAGUUUCGGCGAUGAAGAGGGAGAGGAGGAGGAGCCGGUUUUCAAGAAAGCCAAGUUCGAUACAAGAUUAAUCGCGGAAGAGCCCCAAGAGGAGCCUCAGGAGCCCAAAGCUAUCAAGAAAAAGGCGCCGAAGCCCGAUAAGCCGACCAAAGAGAGCGCAAUAGAGAGCACACCGGCGGCUGAAGAGGAGGGCGCGGCCGAUGCCUCGGAAAAGCAGAGGGAAACGCCAACGCAAAAGCCUAGAGAACCGUCACCGGAGUCAUCACCAGAACCCGAGCCUCCCAAGAAAUCGGCAUUGGAAAGGGCAAACGAGGAACUGGCGGCGAUCAAGGCGUCAAUGCGACGUAUGAUGCACACCGAGCAGCCCGUCAAGGAGCGACCCAAGUCCACGCUGGAGUCGAUGAUUCCCGAGACCUCCAUACGCGGUCGCAAAAGACGACCGGGGGGCAGCAACGCGAUCAGCAACGAAGACUCGGCGACUCUCCGGAUGCUCAAGUCCUUCCAAUCAAGGCUGGAAAAGGCCCCGCCGGAAAAGGAGCAGGCGCAGGGCACGGACAAGCAGGCCGAGGCCGACGGCGGCGCCCAGGACGACCAGGGCGAGGAGGCGGAGCUGUGCGACCUGCACUUCAUCGCCAACUGCCAGAGCUGCACGGCGUGGGACAAGCAGGACAAGGAGGAGAGCGACGACGAGGGCUGGAUGUCGCACUCGCUGUCCUUUGCGGCAGACAGGCUAGGCAAGGACCUGAGUAACCGCAGAAAGGCCGAGGAGGAACUCGUCGUGAUUGACCCCAGGGAAAAGGCCCGCACCCUCAAGGAGGAGAAGCGAGCGGAACGGGACGCGCGAGCCGGGGGCAGUGGGCGGGCGUGGGAUCAGGCCAGGGACCAGGCGCGCAACGCGCAGAUGGCGCGCGCGGCGUCUCUGGCGGGGAGAGGCGCCAAGUGAGAGCCAGUGGGCUGUGUGAUUGAUUGCUAUGUAGCGUGAGGCGUGCUUUUCAUGGCGAAGUUUCUUGAGGGAGUGGACAAGGAGAUCCGAGACAGACCCAUCGCCAACGAGUUUGGCCACGGUACUCACUCACUCAAAACGGGAACGCCAGCUACCCAAACAACCAUUAUGCGUUGCCAUUCA